AUGGCUGUGGACACUUCGCCGUUUCUUCACCUCUCGCGGCCUCUGGCGCCGGCUGCCUUCAACUUCCAGGGAAAUAUUGCCCCGCUCUCCGUCAACAUCCAACCCCAAGCAGUCCUCUCCAUCCUCGACCAUGCCAUCCGUCGCGACCUCCCCACGAGCCCGUCGAGCUCAUCCCGCGUCAUCGGAGCGCUCGUCGGAAACCGCUCAGAAGACGGCAGCGAGGCGUCCGUAUCGUCGGCUUUCGCCAUCCCGCACACCGAGAAUGAGGAUCAGGUCGAGGUGGACGUCGAGUACCAGAAGAACAUGCUGUCGCUGCACCUGCGGGCGAACCCGCGAGAGGCCCUGCUGGGCUGGUAUACGACGUCGCACGAGCUCAACAGCUUCAGCGCCUUGAUCCAGAACUUCUUCGCCUCCCCCGAGACCGGCACCUUCCCCCACCCGGCCGUCCAUCUGACCGUGUCGACCGAUCCCGGCGCCGACGUGCGCCUCAAGGCCUACAUCAGCGCCCCCGUCGCAGUCAACGCCGAGCGCGCCGCCGAGAGCUGUCUAUUCAUCCAGGUCCCGCACAAGGUCUCGUACAACGAUGCCGAGCGGUCGGCCCUGGAGCUGAUCGCGAGCGCCAAGGAUGUCGACACCCGCGCGGCACCCAUCUCCACCGACGUCGAGGGUCUGGCGCGCAGCCUCGAGAGCACCGCUGACCUGCUGGAGCGCACGUCCGAGUUUGUUAGCGCCAUUAUCGACGAAGAGCGCGAGCCCAACAACGCCCUAGGCCAGUACCUGAUGGGUGCACUGUCGCUAGCCCCCAAGGUCGACCCGUCAUGCAUCGAGUCCGACUUCAACAACCACAUCCAGGACGUUCUCAUGGUCAGCUACCUGGCCAACAGCAUCCGCACCCAGAUCGAUCUCAGCCAGCGCCUGGCGACCGCUACUCUGGAGGAAAAGGAUGGGCAGAAGGAUGGCGACAAGGGAGGCGACAACAAGGGCGAUCGCGGUGAGCGGGGCGGGCGCGGCGGGCGCGGCAGGGGUGGUCGGGGUGGUGGCCGAGGAGGCGGCAACCGCGAGCCGAGAGAGCCCAGGGAGCCUAGGGAACCGCGGGAGAAUGGCGAAUGA